AUGAGCAACAGCACUGCAACAUCACCAACAAACAGUACUGAAUCAUCACCAACAAGCAGUACCACAACAUCACCGACAAGCAGUACCACUGCAUCACCAACAAGUAGUACCACUGCAUCACCAACAAGUAGUACCACAACAUCACCAACGAGUAGUACUGAAACAUCACCAACAAGUAGUACUGAAAUAUCACCAACAAGUAGUACUGAAACAGCACCAACAAGUAGUACUGAAACAGCACCAACAAGUAGUACCACAACAUCACCAACAAGUAGUACUGAAACAUCACCAACAAGUAGUACCAUAACAUCACCAACAAGUAGUACCACUGCAUCACCAACAAGCAGUGUUACAACAUCACCAACAAGCAGUACUACAACAUCACCAAAAAGUACCACAACAACAGCAAAUUAUAGUACCACAACAUUACCAACAAACAGUACGACAACAUCACCAACGAACGGUACCAUAACAACACCAAUGAACAGUACCACAACAUUAUCAACAAACAGUGCCACAACAUCACCAACAAACAGUGCAGCAACAACACUAAUUAACAGUACCACAACAUUACCAACAAACAGUACUGCAACAACACCCAUUAACAGUACCACAACAUCACCAACAAACAGUACAGCAACACCAAUUAACAGUACCACAACAUCAACAACAAACAUAACGACAACAACACCAAUUAACAGUACCACAACAUCACCAACAAGCAUUACCACAACAACACCAAGUACCACAACAUCACCAACAAACAUAAUGACAACAACACCAAUUAACAGUACCAUAACAUCACCAACAAACAGUACCACAACAUCACUUACAAACAGUACUGCAACAACACCAAUUAACAGUACCACAACAUCACAAACAAACAGUACAGCAACAACACCAAUUAACAGUACCACAACAACACCAACAAACAGUGCCACUACAUCACCAACAAACAAUACGACAACACCAGCAACAAACAGUACCACUACACCAACAACAAACAGUACCACAACAUCACCAACAAACAGUACCACAACAACACAGAUUAACAGUACCACAGCAUUUCCAACAAACGGUACCACAACAUCACCAACAAACAGUACCACAACAACACCACUAAUUAACAGUACCACAAUAUUUCCAACAAACGGUACAACAUCAUCACCAACAAACAAUACGACAAUUAACAGUACCACAACAUUUCCACCAAACAGUGCGACAACAACAUCAAUUUACAGUACCACAAUAUCACCAACAAACAGGACCACAACAUCACCAACAAACAGUACGACAACAACAGCAAUUGACAGUACCACUACACCACCUAACAGUACCACAACAUUAAAAACAAGCAUUAGGCCUACCACAACAUUACCAACAAACAGUAUAACAACACCAACAAGAAACAAUACCACAAUAUCACCAACAAACAGUACCACAACAUCAACAACAAACAGUACCAUAACAUCAACAACAAGCAAUACCACUGCAUCAACUAACACUACCACAAGAUCAACAAAAAUCGUUUCCACUACAUUCCCUGCUACCACAGCUCUAGCCAUGUUUUCAUCUCAAGUUACCACUUCUGUCUCGCCAAUCACGUCGCCUGCACCCUGUUCCGAUAUUCAGACUCACCAUGCGGUCAUAUCAAGUGGCGACACCUAUGUUGGAAGUCGAGUGACACUGACCUGCAACCACGGAUAUAUAUUUCCAAACAGAGUGAUCACAAAAGUUGUCAGUUGUUUGGAAAAUGUUACGCUCUGUCCCGACCCACAACCUGUGCAGAAUGCCACGUACCAAGACACCUACAACGUGACAAUGGGCAGUACCAUUGUAUACACAUGUGAUAACAACACUUACUUCAUGGAUGGCUCGACCACCAGAUGGAUCCACUGCACUAUUUAUGGUACCUGGAGACCAGAAUUACCCCCAUGCAUAGUGUACCGUCUCCGGGGGACGGAUGGUUCCAAUUUUCCCCACUGUAAUUUCUGCCAUCUCGUCUCGAGAUGUGGCCUGACCCUUCAGAAUUUAUGUAUUGGGCUGUCCCUUGGGGCUGGAUGA